CUGUGAGCGUAAAUAAUUCACGUAUCAACUACGAAAGAAUAGAUGAAGAAAAAAACUACGAAAGGCACGGUAAUAAGAGUGACAUUGUUAGCACGGUUAGACGGCAAUCUAAUACAAUGGCAAAAUUAUUACCGGUCGGAGCAGAGUCGAAAAUUUGUCGCUUGGAAAACGGGUUGAAAACAUAAGGUGUUACGUGUGAAUUUUUAUCUGGUGAAAAUUAGUAAAGUUUUGUGUUAAAUUUUUUAAUAAGCUCUCAAUUAGAACUAAUCAGCAUGCUGCGUAGUUUAAACAAAUUAAACAGUUUGUCCCCGGUCGCGAGCACUAGAUUAGCAGCAGUUCGUCCUCGAAGUGCUCAGCCGUCACCAGCUGUAUCGGAAGCUGGCCGUGACACGGAAUGGGACCGAGCGGUUCCAUUUGAGCGAGUACCUACGCCGAGUGUUUUUCGUAUGCUGAAAAACUUCGCCCCAGGAGGUCGCUAUAACAAUGCCAGUUUGCCGGAUCUUCAUCGGCUUAUGCGCGAGGACUACGGCGAUUUGCUGCGAGUGCCGGGUCUUUUCGGGCGGAAAGACAUUCUGAUAAGCUUCAAUCCGGAUGAUUUCGAGAAAAUAUUCCGCUCGGAAGGACCAUGGCCAUACCGACCGACGUUGGAUAGCUUCCUGUAUUACCGCACGAAGGUUCGCCCGGAAGUGUUUGAGGGAAUGAGCGGUUUGACAAUGGAACAAGGUGAACCCUGGCAACAAUUUCGCACCAUCGUCAAUCCUGUCCUUAUGCAACCCAAAGUCGUGAAGCAUUAUAUCGAUAAGGUGGAUGAAGUGGCUCGCGAAUUUAUGGAAAUUAUGAAGAAUGUUCGUGACGAAAAGAACGAGCUUCCGGCAGACUACGAUCAAUGGCUCAACCGAUGGGCUUUGGAGACGAUUGGAGUGCUCGCUCUGGACACCAGGUUGGGUGUUCUAAAUAAGACACCAUCCGAUGAGGCGGAGCAGAUUGUGAAGAGCAUUCGACGGUUCUUUGAACUGACUUAUCAACUGGAUUUUUUGCCAUCAAUGUGGCGGUGGAUUAAGACCCCGAAGCUGCAAGAGUUGAUGGACACACUAGAUAGCCUCACUGAAAUGGUCAAGCGUAAAGUUGAUGAUGCUGUUAUCAGAUUGGAGAAGAAUCCAUCGUCUGAUAGUAAUAAUAAAAGUGUUCUUGAGAAACUGUUGAGCAUCGAUCGCAAAGUGGCAAUUCUAAUGGCAUUCGAUAUGUUGCUGGCAGGUGUAGAUACGACCGCAACCGGUUCAACUGGGAUUCUUUACUGCUUGGCACGAAACCCCGACAAGCAGGAAAAACUUCGGGAAGAGCUACGUUCGAUUUUACCCAAUAAAGAUAGCCCUUUGACAGUGGAAAAUAUGCAAAACAUGCCAUAUCUGCGAGCUUGCAUUAAAGAGGCCCUUCGGAUCUGUCCUCCCAUUGCCGGUACUGCCAGGGCCGUUGGAAAGGAUGUCGUCCUACAGGGCUACCAAAUUCCCAAAGGGACAGAGGUUGCCAUGGCCGCAAUGAUAUUACACCAGGAGGAUAAAUACUUCGACCGGGCUAGAGAUUUUUUGCCGGAACGAUGGCUAAAGGACAGCAGCUCCGCUCGCAAGAACUCACAUCCGUUUGUGUACCUUCCGUUUGGGUUCGGGCCGCGAACGUGCGUCGGCAAACGAUUGGCCAUGAUGGAGAUGGAGAUUUUGAUUUCCCGAGUCACUCGUAUGUUUGAGUAUCGCUGGAACUACGGCGAGUUCAAGAUUCGCGGAGCCGUAGUCAACAUCCCGGAUAACGAGCUUAGAUUUCAGCUGAAGGAAGUUGCAGACUAACCGAAAAAGAGCAUGUUAAUUGUUCGUGAUUCAGUAUAUUAUUGUGUAUCUGUAUAACGUCAAUAUAUGUAAUUUUAUCUUAUCUGAAA